CUUCGAUUUUAUCACAGUUUUUUACGGAUUUUGCAUCAGAGUGGAAUAUAAUUGUUUGUGCACAGAGUUUUACGCUUUUUGCGGAAAAAAUGGAUAGACCCGAUACUGAUCUCUCUAAUUUAUCGGAUUCGCUUGGUGUUUUAAAUUUGGACAAUUUAAGAGUUUUUGGUGAUACCUCUAAUCCUUCCUCAACCAGCAGCAAGCCAGUCAAUGAACGCUUAAAUGAGGAACGCCUAAAAGCAUUAGAAACUUUGGAAAAAGCCAAUAAGUCGAUGAAAUCAGAUGUAAAUAAAAUAAUACAACAAAGCUUUGCCAGAAGGGACUAUUUAAAAGUGCAGGAUGCAAUAACACCUUCAAAUACUUCCUCAAAAUUAAAUCGUACGGAAUAUGUGCCCUACCAUCGGCCAGAUUCAAUUAAUAUUUCCGAUUUGGUAACCGAUGAAAGUAUAAAUUUAGAUUUUAAAAGCACUGUUUCAACUAAUAGCACAAACGUCUCAUUUGAACCAUCGGAAAUAACUGGACGUUCUACCCACUACACAGAGCGUAAAUCACAAAAAAUUUCAAAAAAUAGUAUUGAUUCGAAAUCUUGUCGGUUAUCUGUUGGUGACAUCCUUGCUACUUCAUUUGCGCCCAAAGCACGAAAUCUCGUUGAUAUUUUAGGAGAACGCACAUCAGUAUCCAGUACUUCGUUAGGGAGUCUAAAUAAUUCACAGAAUUUGCUGCGAACAGCUGACUUGUCGUGUAAUAGCUCCGAAUCAACAUUCAGUAAAGCCGUUGGUCUUCCAUUUUCUUUUAAUGCAACAAAAGAUGUAGGGCUAAAUGAAGAAGAGUUUGAGCCCGCGGAAAAAAUGCAUUCGAAGCUAUUGAUGGACGAAAUAGCUUGGGCACAAGAAUUUGCCACUAUACCAACUGCUGGACUUAAUAAAGGGGGGAAAGAAAAGAUGCCUGAUAGAAAGGACUUCGAUCUACUGUCUAAUCCCAACAGCUCAAUCUUGGCACGAGAUCCGAAUUUUUCUAUGGGUCGAUUCUUUAAUCAACGAUCAGAAGACUUACAAAACAUUGUUGAAUCACUGAGUCCCGAGCGUAUGCGACCACCAAUAGCAUUGGUAGAUGAUACACAAAGUACACUUAGUUUGAGUACGCCCAUUGGCAACGCGAACGUAUUUACCUCCACAAAUGAUCCGGAACUUACGCCACAAAUAGACAACAGAGCAUAUAGCAGAGUUCCUAGCCCUGCUUAUAACAGUGUAUUGGACAGUGAGAAACAGAAUCUGGAUAAGCAAGCGAGUAAAGAUUCUGGCAAUGUAACAAAAGAGGAAGAGGAAUCUUAUCUUCUCUCGCUGUCUCAUAUCAAAAAAGCAUUUAUAAAAAAUGUAGAUGCGGAUAUUUCGUCUACUGGUCUUAUCGAUCUAUUGAAAAACCCGAAACGUAAUAAAUCGCCUAAAAAUGGUAAAGAACUAGAGCUACAAAAUAAAACUCAUCAGAAGUCCCAAUCAUCUAAUCUGCAAAAAGUAGCAGUAUCACCUAAGGCUAUGUUUACAAAUGCGAGUGUAAGACAAUCUGUGGAGCAAUACACAAACAGCCUCAAUACACUCGAGGAAUUAUUAUCGGAAAAUAAAGAGAAUUUGGAUCCUCAAAAAAUGCGCGGAUCAGAAUCACAAGCUGACACUAUAAGCUUUACAGAGUCAUUACUGGAUGCUAGUGAUUUAAAAGAGCUGCAACGCAGCACAACCCAGCCGCGCCCACCUCUGAGCCCGCUAAAUAUACCGACUAUUCGAUUAUCACCAGAUGAAAUUGAUUAUCAAGAAAAAUUCGCUCAACGAUGCCAAAAAACACCCGAAAUGUUAGACGUUACAUUUAAGUCGACAAUUUCUGAAUCACCUACUUCAAAAGUUUCACGUCGAAUAGCAAGCACUCUUAAUAAUAAAACAACUACCAAAGUGGACAAAGCUAGAUCAACAUCGCCGCUAAGUCCCUCAUUGCAAGUGCAGCAGAAACCGCUUAGCUCUACGAGAUUAGAUGAUCAAAAGAGUGACUGUGAUUUUGUUGCUACCUCGCCGAACCUUACCGAAACUCUGACAUCGCCUAAAAGAAUUCACGCUAAGCGCACGUUGUUGUCGAAUGGUAGCCCCUAUAGUGGUUUGACGGCUAGUCUACCUUCUCCUCCCCGUAGCUAUAUGUCUUCACAACCCUCGUCGCCUGCUCCAGUAGUAAAUAAUAUUUCACGUCGAACUUGUGAAAAUUGUUCGCCGCAGAUAUCUAGCAACACUCAAACGAUCUCUGGAGUGAGAGUACAUCGAUCUGCAUCUUCCCCAUCGGCUAGUGAAGCCAGCGCCAAGAGUGUUGUACCAAUGCGCACAUCAAGUGCUCAGUCUCUCAGAAAUGGUAGCGGUAAUGUCGGAUUUGUGCGUAGCGUUUCGCGUUGCUCUAGCAAUAGCGAAUUUAGCCACCGUGAUGGGAAUUCAAUACCACUGAAGAUUACCGCUGUGGAGCUUUCUUGGGGCAGCACACGGUUGAGAAGUGCAGCACACAAGACCAUGCAAGUGAAGAAUACUGCGAGUAAAAAGCUAACCUUGCGUAUCGAUGUGCACGGUCCAGGUUAUCAGAUGGUCAAUAUGCCUAGCAAUAAUACGCUAACUUUGCAGACGCAGGAAUGUCGCACCAUUACAGUGAGCUUUUGCCCAACGGUUAUUGGUGCCGCUGUUGGAAAGCUUUCAUUUUACGCACCACAAAACACUAACGUUGCUCAUAAUAGUGCCUCUACAGCGAGCAUGCUUUCAUUUUUGGAUAUCCCCUUGUACGGCUAUGGUGGUCAUUGCAGUAUUGUGGCUCAGGAGGUACAUGUAGCUCCCGUGGGUAUGGCUUUUCUACAAAUGGGAUAUUUGCAUGAACUGUCACAACCCAUGCAGCGCACAAUUCGUGUCUACAAUAAAGGGCCAUUACUGGGUUUCGCCCUGGCUUCAAUCGACUCGGUUGGACUGCGUUUGCCGCGUUUGUGCACCGCUUUUGAAAUACAGCCCGCUGCUAUGCUCAUACCGCCUGGAUCGACGGCGACAUUGCGCGUAAUAUUUCGUCCUCAGCGUGAAGAUGUACGAAAAAUUACACGUCAAACCAAAUCUGUCUUAACACUAGCCAACUUACGUUUAAUAUCUGGCGAUGAAGCAAACAGGCAGCGCAUGCGCCUAUUAGUAGAGCGCAUGUCAGCCGAGGAACGUGCUAACGUAAGUUCAUCCAAAUCUUUGGAGGCCUUGUGGCAAAAACUUCCCGGUGAGAAAGAUAUUAAGGAAUUACAAAUGUUUAAGGAAUCACCAAAAUUAACAUACGAUUUGUUAACCCACAUGCGCAUACAUGAAGUGGCUCUCACCAUUAAUGAUGACUAUUUGGACGAGACUAUUAAGUCUACUUCUUCAUUAUAUUUCCCCGAUGAGGAUGAGACAGUAUUAUUUCGCACUGUAUGCAGUCCAUCGUCCAGCCAUGCUGAUGGUUCGGGAAAUGUUUUGAACCGUGUGGAUGAGCUAACUGAGGAGGAAAUUGAGCACGCUAACAGUAAUAAUUCAUCGACACGUGCCGAAGCUUGCUGCUGGUCUGUUUUGCCCAGCGCAAUUAAUUUUUAUUUGCGCGACGAAAAACACACCGCGCGCUCUUCAAUAUUCAUCUGCAACUCUUUUAAAUCUAGGCAGUAUUUUGAAGUGAGCACUAACCGCAAAAAUUUGUUGAAAUUGACGCCUUCGGAAGGUUAUGUGGAACCUGAUGGUGGACAUUUAGAAGUGGAAGUGCAUUUGCUGUGCGAUAAAUUGAAUUCGCAAAAUCGGCAGGAACCGAUAUAUAUUACGGUUUCUAUGGAAAAUGAACGUUUUAAAGUGCCAGUGCAACUAUGCGAUGGGGCGCAUGCAUCAGAAUGUGUCUAAUGUGACAGUGUGCUAAUACUCUCCUUAAUUGCAUAUCAGAAACGAUUGCUGAAGCCUUUUUUAUAGCUUGAACUCACUUUUUCCGUUGCCUCAGUGUUUUUUAUGUAAAAUAAGGUUUAUAUUUCAUAUUUUAUAUUUAUUUUUCUUGCACAAGGCCUGGCUUUUAAAUUCUGCUCCGCACUUGCUGCUGAUGUUAUUAAUAAAUGUAUGACAUUUUUUUUUUCAAAAAUACUUUUUUAUUUCUUAAACAUUAAUAUCUUAUUUAGUAUUAUUUUAAAUUCAAGGAAAAU